CCCACCCCACCACGUGCUUCACUGCCUCCUCCGUAAACAGUGGGAGUGGGUCACGGUGGCCUCCUGUGCCCACCCAGGCCAGUCUCUCAGUCCAGUGGCCGUCUCCUCCCCUCUGUUGGCUGGGAUCGCCAGCUUAAAUCAACAGGCAAUUUUCCAUCCGUCAGAGGCGAUGUGGAGGCUCCAGGAACUCGAAGGGAAGGAGGAAAGCCACCCUAUCCAAAUGCAAAAUGGCCGCCCGGACGCGGAAGACUAUGGCUUCUUCUGGGCCUGCCUUUGCCAGGAUCCAAAAUGGCCGCAGGCAGCGUCGACGCAGAGCGAAUACCAUGGGACCUGAAAAAGAAGCCAAUGAAGAGAGUGUGAUUUUGAUUAGUGAUGACGAAACAGACAUUGAAACUACCUUAAGGAAUUCUAUUGUAGUGAUUGAAUCUUCUGAAAACUCUGAUGUAGAAGAGAAGAAAUCUGAAGAGAUUGUGGAUGAGGAGUCUGGACUAGUAGUUACUUUUUGUAAAAAAGGGAUGGUGAUGCCACAUGCAAGAUAUGACUGUAUGACACACCCCUUUGAACGAACAGAGAAUGAGACAUGUAUUCCUGUUAAGCAAAAUUCAGAUAUGUGUGGUCAGUGCUACUGCUAUGUUUGUGAUAAACUAGCAUCAGAGUGUCAAUAUUGGACAACUUCUUCCUCUUGUCAUUGCAAUGCCCAUAACAAAAGUAAAUUUUGGAAGGAUCAGCGAAAUUUUACUUUGACUGGUGUUCUUGUAAUUUUUAACCUGGAACCCACAGAGAUAGACACAGAUCUCCGUCAUGGGGGAGAGCUUCUGUUUAAAUUUCUUCGAGACCUUUCUGUACAAUAUAACAACUAUCUUUCUGGAGAGAUUGUACUGAGUCUUCAGGACUGUGUGUGUUCCUCAAAACAGAAACCUGGCCAAUGCAGUGUCUGCAGCCAGCUCCAAAAUGAGGUUAUAUACAGGUAUUCAAAUGUUUUCAGUUUGGUAUCUUCAUUUAUAAAUAAAGCAGAAAAAGAGAAGCCUAAAAGUGCCGCUGUUAUGUUGUUGGGAGCAGCCAGGGAAAUAGCACUUCACAAGGACCCUGCUCCGUCCUGGCAAAAUCUUGGGCCAUCUGAGUCUUUGAAAUUAGCUGUACCUUUUCUCAUGUCAAGGAUUACCAAAAACCUCCAGAGGAUGCUUGUGCUCAGUGACUUUCCCAAACAACUUUAUGAAAAAUUCAUUAGCUUUUUCCAGACUAUUCCUCUUCCUCCUUACUGUUUUAAGUUCACAAAUUGCCUGAAUGUUCCAUCAUGGGAUCACAGAAUACUAACCACGGUUUUAAAAGGCCAAAACAUUACUGGUGAACAAAAAAAGAAUGGGAAGAAGGAAUUCCUCUGGGAAGUUCUUACUGUGAUAAAGGCUAGAACUGAAAAAAUGGAGAGCAUGGGACAGUACAAAGAACUAGUUCGCUAUUUGAGAGCAGUAAAGUGUAAUGAAGGCAUUGGGUUAAGGGAUCUUAGAGACAAGAUUCCUUUCUACUUGUGCAAAAGUGGUGAUUUCACCAGUGCUGCAUACUCGUUACUACUUCCCAUCAACAACCUGGCGUGCUGCACAGCCUGCCGGCUCGCACCCUUGCAGUUUGAGAGCUACCUGAAGAUGUUCUGGACAGGAAGCGUUCCCUCAGGGAAGGACUUCCAAGACUCUGACAAGUGGAUUUUGAACAUAGGUUCUCCUGUAAAAUGUUGUACUCUAAUUAAGCAGGCCCUCCGAGUACUCUACAGCAAUCGGUCCUUGUACAGAAAUUCAAGAUGCUGGAGUGCCCUCAUCACAAUUUUGGGCAGUAGUCCUAUCUUGGAACGGAAUGGCCUCCUUACUACUCUCACACUGAGAGAACCAGCACCUUCCUUCAGACAGAUGGUAUGUGACGUGUCCUUUGGCAUUUUAGAAGAACUGAGAUUGAAAGUCAAUGUUUCUUUGCCUUCAAAUGUAUUUUAUGGUUCUCAAAACCUUGAGGCCUGCUUUCUUCUCACCAUUCAAGCUGUGCUUCAGAUGCUGCUAACUGACUUGCCAUGGUUGACUUCUUUUCUUGAAAUCAUGUUAGCUUUUGGGAAAAAUUUCUGGGCACUAAAGCUAUUUUUGGAAGGCCUCUUGUCCCGAAUGCCUGUUCUUCAUGAUGUUGUCAGUAUGAUUGCCAGAGAUCUGAGUUACCAGAAACACACCCUGCUGAAAUUGUGGCAAACCCUGGGUCCAGACUAUGUUGGGGAGUUACUCUGCCUUUUCCUGAGCUUCAGGAAUUCACAGUUGCAGUCUGUUGGCAUCUUUCUAUCACAUGUGGUAAUAGAAAACUUAAAUCAGUGUCCUUGGGCAAAGUCACUUGAUGUUUUUCGUCUCAAAGCUUUCAAAAGACCUCAUCUCGAGACUGCAAAUCAUCUUCAGCUGAGCAAAUUUGUAUCUAUUUUGGAGAAUUUGUAACUAUUUCCUAAAUCAUUUCUUUUGGGAAUUGCGAAUUUGUUGAGGCUUGCCUCCGCCCACCUACAGGUUCACCAUGCUUCAUGUUCAGAAUUUCCUCUUAAAGACUUGCUGGAUUUUGUUGUCUUGGUAGUAAGAUUCCUGAUUGCCAAAUCUACAGGCCUAUGUUUUUAUUCACUUGAGAAUACAUUCUGAAUUGAGGAUGAUGGGGAAGAGUACUCUGUGGAAAACAAACCAGUUAAGAUGUCUCAGUUAUGUAGGUGCUAUCGUUUACCUUCAGCUUACCCAGUUUCACCCCUUCCCGGUUUUGGACAAUUAUAAAAUAUCCAAGGAUUCCUUUCAGAGUGGAGAUAGAGUAGUCAUCUGACAAAGCAGGCAUCCCCUGCCACACAGAUUACUCAAUCUUGUGAGUGUGAUUUCACUUAGCUGUGUUCAUACAGAGUAGCAUUGAGGAGAGUAGCAGGCCUGUGGGGGAAAAAAGUGACUCAGGCAUUUCCCCUUCUGGGUUAAUUUUCUUUUAACCUUCGGUCAGAAAUCACAGGUGUGUGGCCUUUAACUUAGUAUUUAAAACUCCAUGUUUCCCCUUUUAAGUAUUUAAACAUAACUGUAGUACCAUAGGUUUUGUAAAGGUAGGUCUGAGUGAAUAGAUUUUCAAACCAGUUCUUUUUUCUUUUUUUUUAGUUAUAGUUGCCCAGAAAGAGAAUUUCUCACUCUGCUGCUAUCAUAAGUAAAUUGUCAGUAACCAGUUUUUGAUUAAUUGUAUUAACAUGUACCAUUUAUGUUCUAAUUCAUAAAAAUGGUAACAUAAGUGUAACAUGGCUUCUGUCAUUUGCCCAGCCUCUGAUCUUCAAUUCCUUUAGUCCCCCAAAUCCUGCUGGAAGUAGUGUUCCCAAAUGCCUCCUUUCAGUUUUCUUUGAAAUGAUUUCUGAUGUAUUUUUGCACAUGUGGGACUUAGAGAUAACUUAAUUUGUUCAUGUCUAAGUUAUUUUUUAAAAAUCAUAUUCAAACUCUCAGAGAUUAUGUAAGAAAAGUAUCAGAAUUUUUAUUUGCUCUGCUUAACCUUGUGAAAUAAAAUUUUACUUUGUUAUUUUUC